AUGUAUUUAACAUCCCUCAGGCGCCCCCCAAUGCGCCUCCCACAACAUCUCAACAUACUCCUUCGGACCACCCUUCCCGCCCCCGCCCCAAUCCGUCACACCUCCCCCCUCCACACCUCAGCCCCCCCCGCCCUCACCCCAGAGCAAACCGCCAUCGUGAAAUCCACCGCCCCCGUCCUCGAGCAGCACGGCAACGCCAUCACCUCCCACUUCUACAAGCGCAUCCUUGCCGCCGUCCCCGAGCUACGCAAUGUCUUCAACGCCGCCCACCAAGAGUCAGGUGAGCAGCAAUCCGCGCUCGCCCGCGCGGUCUGGGGCUACGCUGCACACAUCGGCGACCUGGACAAGCUCUCCUCAACCGUCUCGCGCAUCGGGCACAAGCAUGCCGGUCUCGGCGUGGCGCCAGAGCACUACCCCAUCGUAGGCGAGCACCUCCUGGCCUCCAUCCAAGAAGUCCUCGGCGACGGCGUAAACGCAACCGUAAUGGAGGCCUGGGCAGCCGCCUAUGCCCAGCUGGCCGCAAUCUUCAUCGGAUUCGAGAAAGGUCUCUACGAUGCCGCUGCCGCUACCCCAGGCGGGUGGAACGGAUGGCGCUCAUUCGUGGUCGAGCAGAAGACUCUCGAGAGCGGGGAAAUCACCUCCUUCCACCUCGCGCCGCAAGAUGGGCUUUCCCUCCCCCCCUUCCGCCCGGGCCAAUUCGUAACGAUCCGCUGCUUUGUGCCAGGUCUGAACCUGUUCCAGCCGCGUCAGUACUCGCUCUCUGCCCCUCCUGGAUCCUCACGCUUCCGUAUCUCGGUCAAGCGUGAGGGCCCGGGCGCUGAUAGGCCUGCGGGUCAUAUCUCGAGCUUGUUGCAUGAUGGGACGCCCGAGGGCGCGGUGCUGGAUUUGAGUAUGCCGUAUGGCGAUUUCACGCUCAAUGCUGAGGCGACCACUCCUGUAGUCCUGCUCAGUGGUGGCGUGGGUCUGACGCCCAUGUUAUCGAUGCUGCAGACUAUCACAUCCGGUCCAUCGGAGCGGAAAGUGCAUUUCGUGCACGCAGCGCGAAACCGCGGUGCGCACGCUAUGCGCGACGAGCUAGCGGCUGCGGUAGAAAAGAACGGGAACGUGUCGAGGGCGGUGUAUUAUGACGAGGUGGGGAAGGAGGGUGUGAAGGGCGUGGAUUAUGAUUUCCAGGGCCGCGUGGAGUUUGCGAGGACGGAGGAGCUGGUGGAGGGCGCGGAUUAUUAUAUUUGUGGCCCGGUGCCGUUUAUGGCGAAGCAGAGGGCGGAUUUGGAGAGGUUGGGGGUGGAGCCGGGGAGGAUUCAUUCGGAGGUGUUUGGGGCUGCGUAGAGGUUUGGGGGGUAGGAGAUGUAUGGUAUGUGUACUGUAGAGAGGUUUCUUUUUGUUUUGGCGUAGGGGUGGCUUUGGGAUAGACUCUCCCCUCAUUGAUUGCGGGUGUGUAGAACUAGGAUAAAGGUAGAGAGAGGUACUGAUAGAUGGGUACUGAUAGAUGGAUAUAGAGAUAGAGAUAGAAAAGUCCACUCUCGUUAGAUGAAGGAAUUGGCACUGUAUAUAAUUUAGACUGCUUGCUAUUACAUUUACUGUCACGUUCUUCUUGCUUGGCUUUUUGUUUGUGAGCUCAGCAUUGUGGUAACCAGCCUCGACAACGAGAUACAAGUGUGCGGCUUGCAUCUCCUGGGUAUCUACAUCAAACAACAGAGGAC